AAAAAAAGAUCAAAACAGAAAACCAUGCCGCCACCCAACACCCUGCGCGCGCUCAUCGAUGUGACAAAAACAACCCAAGCCCUCCUUUCGCAUUACCAAGCAUCGCUCUCGCCGCCUAACAACACAUCCUCCACCACCGCUACCGCAGCAGGCGACCAACUCGCGAGCCCCCUCGACACCGCGAAAGCAUGUACCACGUUGCUUAAAUCACAUACCACGACCCUCUCCCUGCUCCUCCUGACCCCACCGCUCACACCGUCCGCACUCAUAACCAAAAUCGGCGACGUGAGCUCGAGUGUGUUGAGUGGGCUCGUCGCGGCAGCUGUCACAGGCUCUGACCCCAUAACCGGAAACAACAGCGCCAAUGGGCUGGGGAGUUUGAUGAAGACUGAGCUAAGGGGAGGGGUGUUGAGGGUGCUCGCUGCAUGGGGCGAGGUGCUCACGCUGGUUUUGCGACUUGCGGAGCGACGGCAGAGCGAGCUUGAUGGUAAGGCGGAUACUAGGAAGAAGAAAGAUGAAGGACCCACCGAGGCCGAGCGACAGAGCGUCCUUGCGACGACAGGUAUGGUGUGGGAAGCUUGCGAUGCGCUGCUCAAAUUCUGCGAUAAUGGGAUUGUCGGAUUGGUUGUUAAGAAGGCCGAGGAAUGGCGGAGUGUGCUGUUGGAUGCUGUGGAGGAGUUGAAAGAGUGGGGGGAGGAUGUGGAUGGAGAAGAAGAUGAACUUGCGGGGAGUGAUGAUGAGUUCGCGGACGACGACGAUAUCUUUGGCGCGGCCAAUAAACUGGGAAAGGAGGAUGUCAAGCUGAAAGCACUGCUGGACACCAGCGUGAAGAAGUUGAAAAUGGUGGGGAUGCUCUAUCAGGCGCUCAUCAAGAGGAGGCUGAAGACAUUCCCAAAAUCUCCUUCGAAACCUACCGCUUCUACUGAAGAGAAGAAUGGCGGAGGGAAGGAAUCACAACAAGAUGUAACGGCGAAGUUGGAACAGUUGAUGGUACACCUUAGGGCAGUUCCUGAGGGGGUGGACGACCUGGCAAGCGCAUUCUACGACUUGGACGAAGGCGAAGCCAAGGUUAUGUUUGACAAAUGCUGCUCCGAGGCGAAGAAGGCCGUUGCUAUGGUGCGGCAGAGCUGGAAUGGGACCGACGAUGAGUUUACCGUGUGGUCAGGCAAGUGGGUAAACGCUGUGGACGCCGAAUAA